UGAACUUUGUCCACGGCGGUCAACGUCAUCUCCUCGUUCUCGAGUCGCUUCAAGGAACCCUAGAAAGACCCUAUUCCAAAGCAAGGACCCGUCGUUCCCUCAUUCUCCUUUUCCUAGAAUUGUCUUCUUUUGUCCUUCUUCUUGGAUUCGAUUCGACUGGGCAUAAUCGUAAUGGUUUGUCAACUACGGAGAUCGGUCUGUCGGGGAACCUCAUAGAUAGAUCAGACCGGCAAUCAAAGAUCCAUUUUUUCCCACCCAUUUCUAUCCCUUACCGCUAUUGUUUCUGUUUUCCGAAGCAAGAUCUAGAUGGACGACGAUGCUACACUAGGGAUUCAAAACUGGGGAGGGUAUUACCGGACACCACCGCUGAAAGGAAAUCUAGGGCUGCAACUCAUGCCGACCGUCGGAGAACGCGAUACCAAGCCCUUUUUCUCUAGCGUAGAAGCCGGAAGCGGCUAUCUCCAUCGGGAAUGCGGAAUCACGGAGCCCUCCACUAUGCCGAUGGACUUUGGUAGGGAUGUUUGGUAUCAUAACAACAGGGAUAGCAGCAAGCUGCUUCAUGUAUUUCAGGGAAACCAUCACCAGCAUUCUCACAGUUACGAAUCACUUCUGCCGGAAGCUUCUUCACAUUCGUUCCAGAUGCUGCAGCAGGUGGAAGCUCCGAGGGAGGAGAAGGCACACCUGAUCGAGGAGCCUGUUGUUCUUCAACCUGAUGCUGAGCCCUCGAAGAAGAGGUCAAAGGGCCAGGGGCGUUCCUCGAAGCCCUCGAAGCCGAAGAAGGUUAAGAAGGCCAAGACACCAAAGGAAGAAAACGCCAAAGCUUCCGGGAAAGCGAGGUCGGUAAAGAAGAGCAUGGAUAUGGUGAUAAAUGGAAUUGAUUUGGAUCUUUCGGGGAUGCCAACACCUGUCUGCACUUGCACUGGUCAACCUCAGCAGUGCUAUAGGUGGGGUGCUGGUGGGUGGCAGUCCGCGUGUUGCACUACGAGUAUUUCACUGUACCCAUUACCGAUGAGCACCAAGAGAAGAGGGGCACGGAUUGCUGGGAGGAAGAUGAGUCAGGGCGCCUUCAAGAAGGUGUUGGAGAAGCUUGCAGGGGAAGGUGAAGAUUUCAGCAGCCCAAUUGACUUGAAACCAUUUUGGGCCAAGCAUGGCACAAACAAGUUUGUGACCAUCAGGUAAAGGCGUAAAUUUUUUAAUUUGCUUUAUUAGGAUUCACCUCCAAUCUAUGGCGGGACUGCUGAUGAUUCUGUUCUUUGGCUGUGCAUAUUGAAUGUAAGUCUUCUGCUCAGACUGUUGGAAAGACUGUUGAAAUAGGUUAUUGUACUUGGUCUUCUUUAUUAUUAUUAUAUGCAUGCAUUUCAUUGU